AUGCUUUUAGUGUAUAGUCGUAUUAGAAACUACGUGCCGUCUUCUUUAUGUCGAAUAUGUAUACGGUAUAAUUCCGGUUCGCAGAACAGAUGGCUGAAUAGGCAAUUGGGGGAUCCAUACGCGAAACAAGCCAAAGUCCAAAACUUGAGGUCUAGAGCUGCAUUCAAGCUUAUGCAAAUUGACGACAAAUACCGACUUUUUAGCAAAAGCAAGCCGGAGCAGAGGAUAUUAGAUCUUGGGUAUGCUCCGGGGGCCUGGUCUCAAGUAGCACAUCAAAGAAGCUCGCCCACCUCGAUGAUACUAGGUGUCGAUAUUUUACCUUGUGAACCGCCGCAUGGUGUGAACUCUAUCCAGGCCAAUAUACUGGCCAAGAGAACUCAUGACCUAAUACGGCUUUUCUUUUCGAAACAUUUUCAACUGAACAAACACGAUGAGUUGCAUAAAGAUCAUGGUUACUUUCAGAAUAUGCUCGAGGAGGAAUUAACCCAUUUGAAAGAUACUGAUUUAUACCGCGAGAUUUUCACUUCUGAUGACAAUUACGGCGUUUCAAGUACGAACAGCACACUAAGAGAACGGGAAAACUUCCCAAUAGAUGUAAUUAUAAGUGAUAUGUAUGAACCUUGGCCCCAGACAGCGGGAUUUUGGAAUAACAUUACUAAUCAAGCUUAUUUUAGGAUGGCGAAUACUUCUGGUGUUAGCAUAAGAGACCAUUACCAAUCCGUUGAUUUGUGCGAUGCCGCGUUGGUAACGGCUAUAGAUUUACUACGGCCUCUCGGUUCCUUUGUUUGCAAACUAUACACUGGUGAAGAGGAAAAUUUAUUCAAAAAGAGAAUGAAAGCCGUCUUUAAUAGMGUCCAUAAGUUUAAACCAGAUGCUUCGAGAAGUGAGUCGAAGGAAACCUAUUAUAUUGGGUUAAAGAAGAAGAAAAAUAUAGAUAAACUAGAAGUGUUUAGCAGUUGA